UGGCGCCAGACUUAGGGGACCUGGUGCAGGGUUUGAGCGACAGCGAUGCUGGAGGGCCUCGAGCUGGACCAUGACGGCAGGGCUCAAUGACCACCGACCUGAGAAGUACGGCAGGGGCUACUGACGUCUACGAUGCACCAAUGCCCAACCCAGGGGAUCCUAGGAUUCAGCUGGCAGAAUUCCUGGAGAGUGGCGAUGACCGAGGCCCUUUGGGCUUCUUGAAGCAAAGGAAUUUGGAAGCGAAUGAGAACCCGACACAUUGGUUCGCGGUGUUCCGGCCCACCAGUGCUGAUGCCAUUGAGAAGAUGAUGACUGGACAAGGUACAGGCAAAGAUCUCAACAUCAAGGGCAAAUCGGCCAAGAUUGGGCGCCUCUCAGGCUAUGUUCCUGUCCUGCAGAUCAGUGAAAAUGAUCAUAAGAAGCGACUUGGCACUUCGCCAGCAGAAGGCAGAAUUAGAAUUUACAUGGCCCACGAAGAGUCAUGCCACCGCAUGCAAGUGCGGAUGCAGCAGGUGUUGAUAGAGAUGGCCCGCGGUGUUGCCGCGGCGAAGUCUAUCACGAGGCAACAUGAGGCUGGCUACAUCCCCUUGUCCGACGAACAGCUAGACAGAAUCCACAAAGCGCUUGGCAUGGAGG